AUGGCUUCGCAGCCUUUCCACAUAUUGCAAAGCAAGUCUCCAUCUCUGAUAACACUACGUAUGCCCGGCGGCUCGUGUGAAGCCCACCUUUUUACCCUCCACGGCCUCCUUAGCUCCAGCUGGGACUGGCGGCACAUGAUCGUUCGCCUCAGGAAUACUGGGUAUGGCGUUAUCGUGCCGGACCUGCUUGGAUAUGGGGAUACAGACAAGCCCGUGGAGCUUAACAGUUAUGCGAUGACACAAAUGACACAUCAUAUAGUGGAGAUUCUUGAUAUCGAGGACGUGGGAACAUGCAUUGGUGUAGCUCAUGACUGGUAUGCACCCGCGGUUCUGCAAUGUUAUCUAUGUUAG